UGGCCUCAAACGGGUUGGGCGACAUUCACUUCCCGGCACAGUCCUCACCACCUGCUCGGUCAUUAGGAAAUGCCUCAGCGGCGGCUGUCACUGUGACAGCAGCGAGAGGACAUGCUGUCUCACCAGCACCUCUGGGUGGCUCAGAACUGCUCCGAGGAGGCCCUGGCUGGAGAGGUGGACGCUGCUCUCCCUGGUCCCAGCCAAAAGGAAUGGUUGACACACGAAAAGCUGUACAUAUUUAAUGUAUACCACUGGAUUCCGGAGCUCUCGGGUGGUAUUUUCACCCAGAUACAGAAAUGGUGUUUCUGUAGAGGUAGAAGGGCUGGGACCACCCACUCGACCACCUUGCUCUCAAUUCUUCAUCUACUUCUUUGAUCGAGGUCUGGAUUGCCCUCCACGGAGGCUUGGCUCCCAGUGGCUUUUGGACAUUUCCAAAAUAUCAGAUAUAUCCUGGGAGGACGAAAAUCUGCCUUCACUGAGGUUAAUCAGAAGGUUUUUUGCUGGCUUAGGCAACCCUGUAAGAAGAAUUUGAAGAAUGGCUGAGCUGUGAAAGGUGGAGGAAUGAACCCACAGCUCCCUGCCCUGACUACACAGAGGGCCAGCAGGCAUUUGGAUGUCUAAGGCCCUGCCUUCCCAGAGUGGCCAUGUCAGAAGGCGAGAGCAAGGACAGCUCAGGCAGCGAGUGCCCCGUGUGCUACGAGAAGUUCCGGGACCUGGAGGGCGCCAGCCGGACGCUGAGCUGUGGCCACGCGUUCUGCCAUGACUGCCUGGUCAAGUACCUGCUCUCCACCCGCGUGGACGGGCAGGUCCAGAGGACCAUUGUCUGCCCCGUCUGCCGCUACGUCACCUUCCUUAGCAAGAAAAGCACCCGCUGGCCCUCCAUGCUGGACAGGAGCUCCCAGACCCUGACCGUGCCUGCGGGCCUGCCCUCUGUGCCACCACCAGACAUCCUGGGCCACACAAACCCCCUCGCCAUCUCCCAGCCCGUCUGGAGAUCAUCCCCGAGUCAGAGUGCCCAGUUGCCCUUGGAUCCGCUGCCCAGCCUGCCCCGGGAGCCGCAGAUCUUCGUCAUCAGCCGCCACGGGAUGCCCCUGGGGGAGCAGGACAGCGUCCUGCCACAGCGCAGCCUGGUGGAGCUCUCCGAGGCUUCCCCGGCGCCCAGCUCCACCCUGUCAUUCUGUUGCCGCUCACGGGGACUGCUGCUCAUCACCCUCAUCGCUGUGGUGGCCGUGGUAGCCGCUGUCCUGCCCUGGGUGCUGCUGGUGAGGAAGCAGGCAUGAUGGUGGCACCUGGAGGGGCUGCUGAGCAAGGCCCGGCCUGAGAGCAGCUCUGAGAGCUGCCCUGCUCCACACCACAGGGCUGGCUAUGGCCUGGGAGGGGCGGGGCCCUGGUACAGACCCAGGCCUACCAAGCCCUGAGCAGCCAGUGGGCCUGGGGGAGGCCUGGAGCAGAGAGGACAUGAGGAUGGCGCUGCCUGGAAGUAUGGUGGUGUCUCUACAUCUCUGGCUCCUCACUCCCAGCAGGUGCUCGGGCACGAUAGGGAGGCCGGGGGGCUGUGAUCACUGAGGCUAGAGCUGAGCUGAGCUGCUGAGGUCUGCGCUGAAAGGGAAACUCUGGGUUCCAGGCCAGGGUGGAAAAUGGGAUGAAGGCCCCUCCUCGGACACGAUAGUUGUGGCCCUCAGGUAUCUUCAGCACUUGCUUUCCCCUCCUCUAGGCUAGAACUGAGCAAGGUGAGAAGAUGGGGGGUCACUCCUGCCUGACAUGUAGUCCUUACGUGCAGGUGCUCUACCUGAGGCCAGGUGGGGGACAUUCUGCCGGAAGUGCUGCUGCAUGGGGGCUCAAUGGCAGCGCUCCUCAGGGUCAGAAUUCCCACCCAGGAUUCUCUAGCUUGCUCUAAGGAAAACAAGAGGGGGGUGGUACAGCGGCCAAGAGCACCUGUUUCCCAGCGAGUGUGUGCCUUCCACGCCCAAAUCACCAGCCUGGAAGGUUUUCCCUGAGGGAGAACCUGAUCUCAGAGGCUGUGGCCCAGGAUUUCAGGGGGAAGUAACAGAAAAGGGUCUUCCUGAGAAGCUGAGGCCAUGCCGGGAAACGGGUUACUGAUAGAGGCCAAGGCCAGGACAACGGCUCACAGAGCCAGGCUCCACAAGCCUCCCAAGCUCAAGUCCAAAUUUUGAGUCCCAGGGUUCUCAAGGAUGGACCGGAAAGCAGGGAGUGCAGAAGUCUGAUGGCUGAGACUUGAGUCAGCUGAGAACUAUGUGGGCAAAUUAACCCCUGGGGGCUCCUGCCUCCCUCCCAGCCCAAGUCCUCCUCCUCAUGUUCCAACCACUUAUUAGAGGCCACACUAGCUGGGCCAGUUCCUGAGGUGAAUUCCCAGGCUGGGCUGGGUGAGGAAGGGUGGGGAAGAAAACAGCUGUGCCUGUCAGGGACACUACUGUCUCAACAAAUGCUGAAACCCAGGUGCUGUCGGCUGCCGGCCAAGGCCUCUUUACCCAGGACUCCACCCUGGACUGGGCUGGGGGUCCUUGAUGAGAACCACUAGAAACACCCCAAACUGGGUCUUGCCUGAGGUGCAAGUCAUUCAGGAGCAAUUAUUUUCUGUUUAUUAAGGCCCUACGUCAGCGGGCCAUAAUCUUAAAUUAAGAAUAAAAACAAAAACCUCUAGAUAUUCCCUCCAAGAGGUAGUUCUUCCCAUCCCAGGUGUGCCAACAGCUGAGCCAUCCACAGCCUACAUCUCUCACGACAAAAUUUAUUAGCUGUGGGGAAAGAAAUAGCGCUCUGCCUCUUACCUGGUUCUCAAAUGCCUGGGAAAGGGACCCACACUACAAGGGAUAUUUGGGACACAGGGAGGGCUGGUUUAAGGCACUUACGGGCUUCUUCAUACUCUUUGAAAGACCAGAGAAGCAUAGGUGCUACUUGGGGGGGAUACAGAUGGAUUGAUUGGUGGGAAAAUAUUUUUUAUAGGAAUACAAGAUCAAGUUUACAGACUAAUGAGUCUGUUUUAACCUCAGCCAGGCUGCUUUAAACAGUGUCAUGAAUCUCUGGGGACCUGACUUUAGUCUUUUCAGAUUCUUUUGUGUCUGGCAAAAGUUAAUUUCACAACACCUGAAGUGUUUUCAUAUUGUUUGGCAGAGACUUGUAGAUGGCACUUCUUUUAUUUUCAGAGAAUGUCAAAAGCUAUUUUUUAAAUAAAGGUAUAUAUUUUCUCAAA